GGCUGCCUCGGUCCAGCCUCGGCGCCUGGGGGACCAGCCGCGUCGGUCGCGGUCGCCUGCGUGCAGCCGGAGCGCAGCGGAAGGCAGAGAUGCAGACCACAUUGCCGCGCGCCCGGAGCUGCUGAGCCAGCCGCUGUCCCAGCCCCGCCUGCAUAACACCUUCUGGCACUGUGAAAGUGAGCAAAUAGGAAGUCGCCCAGCCAGAUCCUGCAGCCUAUGUCCUGCAUCCAAAGUGGAGCACUUACAUUUCAGUUUCAGAGUGUCUUUGGCCUGAAGAUCUAUUUGAAUUAACAACAACAAAAAACUCAUACAUACUUUGGCAAAAGCAACAUUGGAAGCAUUUCCUUACGGAGACCCUUUGCGUAGCAUCUGGAUGGUCAACACAGGCACCAUGAAGCACUUUCUGAGGAUUUCUUCAAGCAAGAACUGACUUUCAUUAACACAUUCAAUGAAACUGUUCAAAAAUAAGCCAGUUUUCUCUUAUUAUUCCAAAAGAAGACGUCAGAUUCCCAAAGUUAAGAUGAUGGAGUAGUGUUUCAAUACAGGAUGCUGAUCCAGGUAUGCCUGUAUUUUUACUGUAAAUUUUUGUGGCGCUGCCUGAAAUUUGUAAUGAGGAAGCUAACCGGAAGGUGUGAACUGCAAAGGAUCUGUUAUAACACCAAGCCCGGAGCUUCUAGAACCAUGAAAAUCGAAACAUCACUGAGGGAGUCAAAAAGUAAGCUGUUGCAGACUUCAGUGAGCGUUCACCCCGAUGCUAUUGAAAAGACUAUCGAUGACAUCAUGGAACUGAAAAAAAUUAACCCGGACAUCAAUCCUCAGUUGGGAAUCUCGCUGCAGGCUUGCCUUCUGCAGAUUGUGGGCUACAGAAACCUUAUCGCAGAUGUGGAAAAACUGCGUAGAGAACCGUACGAUUCUGACAAUCCCCAGCAUGAAGAAAUGCUUUUGAAGUUAUGGAAAUUCUUGAAGCCCAACACUCCACUGGAAUCUAGGAUUUCUAAGCAGUGGUGUGAAAUUGGUUUCCAAGGUGAUGAUCCAAAAACAGAUUUUCGAGGAAUGGGUCUUCUGGGACUGUACAAUUUGCAGUAUUUUGCUGAACAGGAUGCCACAGCAGCUCAGCAGGUUCUCUCCGACUCUCUUCAUCCAAAAUGCAGGGACAUCACUAAAGAGGAAAUAAGCAAAUUCAGCAAAGCCGAAUGGGAGAAGAAAAGGGUGGAUAAGGCAAUUGGGUACUCUUUUGCCAUUGUGGGCAUCAACAUCACCGAUCUGGCAUAUAAUCUGCUGAUCAGCGGAGCUCUGAAAACCCAUUUCUACAACAUCGCCCCAGAAGCUCCAACACUGUCUCACUUCCAGCAAACGUUCUGCUAUUUGAUGCACGAGUUUCACAAGUUUUGGAUUGAAGAGGACCCCAUGGACAUAAUGGAAUUUAAUCGUGUGCGGGAGAAAUUCCGCAAGAGGAUCAUAAAACAGCUGCAGAACCCAGACAUGGCACUGUGCCCGCAUUUUGCUGCAUCGGAAGGCUUAAUCAACAUGUAGUGGCCCUCACUGGUUUCAACAGACACCCCAGAACACUGCCUCAUGUUGUUUUAGAUCCCUACUAGGUCACAGCUCACACACCGAAUGCACAUAGUGAUUAUAUGCAUGCCGUUUGGUACAGUAUUUUCAUCUCUUGGUCCUAAUUCCAAGAUCCCCAAAUACCACUGUUUCUGGAGUGGCUGACCUCCAGCGACUGCACAUAUCGUGGCAUUACACAGUGUUAACAUCUGGCCUUGACGCCCAGGUAUGGAGAGAUUUUUUUUCUAUUUUUUUAGAUUUGUUUUCCUCCCCCACAUUAUUCAAUAUUAAAGAUGUGUAUUUCUCUAGCUGUAAUUUGUAUGUAAGAGGUUUAGCCGAAUCUCCUUCUGUGAAACCCUUUUAAUUUAUUGAUAUGUUUCAUGAAGACUGCUGCUAGCUUCUCAAGCCAGGUUCAUGCUUGGACCGCAUUCUGACAAAGUAUAAGACUUUCAAACAAUGCAGACAGACACAUGAUAAGCCAAACUCUUCCCGCAAACAUAGCUGCGCUUCACAAAAAUGUAAUGAGGCUAAACGAAGUUCACUGUAGAUAGGAGCCAUUCUGUACAGUACUGCAGAGUUCUAACCCAGCUUCAUUGCAGAUGCAAUUGUAUCAGUCACCGAGAUAGUAACGUAUUUUACUCCCAUCCUUUCACGGCUUGGAUGUCUAAAUAUGUUUAUGAUGCUUGGAGCAUCCGAAAAGGAGUCACAUCUUUCAAAGGCUGCCGAAGGUUUUUCACUGCCUGCCUCUUGCUGAACUUAGAGUUGCUUCCCAGCACUCUCCUGAUCCAAGCAUCUUUGCGCAGGGGAUUGAGUGCUGGCUAGCUUGUUUUCUAUGUUGAGGGGCAAUAUUAAAAAAAAAAAAAAUGCAAGUAAAUGUGUUGCACCACAGGAGCCUAAAUUAUGCUACUGUGCAUAUUUCUUGAAAUUAACAACCUUGCAUCAGUGGAAGAAAUAAAUUACUUGGAGGUUAAAAAAUGAAGUCAUUCUAAAACUGCUAAAAACGAGUGCUAAAAGAACCUGUGAUUUAGUUUGGAAUUAUGAUUGUAGUCUGUUGAAUAGUAUUUACCAUGGUAUUUCAUACCCGUGGUAUUUUAUACUUUAGGACUAUCAAUUUUAGUAUUAUUAGAUGUUUGUGUAAUCACUUGCUUAUUUAAAUGAAUUUUGAGUACUGCCUAACUGUCAGUUAUACGAAUAAAUUACAUGUCAUUCUACAGAAACACAGAGUGGGUUU